AUGGCCAUCCAGACUUUUCAGAAAACCAACCCGUUAGGGCCUGAGCUCUGGAACGCCAAAGGAGAACUGGUCCGACCGCCGACCGUUUUUCGCAACUUCAUCUCCCGUGAACCUGGUGCGAGAUUCCCACCGGAGAAAGGACGGUACCAUCUCUACGUGUCAUAUGCUUGUCCCUGGGCACACCGAACACUUAUCGCACGCAAGCUCAAAGGUCUAGAAGACAUCAUCUCUGUCACAUCAGUGCACUACCACAUGUCCCUGACCGACAGCUGGAGAUUUGCACGUGAAGGCGAAGAUGUCGAGUGGCCCGAACUCACGACACCCGACCCUUUGCAUAAGGGCUUCUAUGGCACCAAGGCGUUGUAUUUCCACGCCGACCCAGAUUAUAAAGCUCGUUUCUCGGUGCCGAUUCUCUGGGACAAGAAGCUCGAUACCAUUGUCAACAACGAGAGUAGUGAGAUCAUUCGCAUGUUUUAUACUGAGUUCGAUGAUCUUCUUCCUCCCGAGAAGCGGAAUGUGGACUUGUACCCCGAGGCAUUGAGGGCGCAGAUCGAUGAAACAAAUGUUUACACUUAUGAUAAUGUAAACAAUGGAGUCUACAAAUGUGGCCUCGCGAAAACCCAGGAAGCAUAUCACUCAGCCGUGAACAAUCUGUUCGCCUCUUUGGACCGCAUCGAAGCCCAUCUCAAGUCUUCACAAACCGACAAGAAUGGUCCAUAUUACUUCGGUUCCGAGAUCACCGAAGCCGAUAUCCGACUAUACGUGACAAUCGUGCGCUUCGACACCGUCUACGUUUCGCUCUUCAAGACUAACCGGGGCAUGAUUCGCCACGACUACCCGUAUAUCGAUAGGUGGGCGCGCAAUUUGUACUGGAAGGUCCCGGCUUUCAGAGAGACCACCAGCUUCGAGCAUAUCAAGGGCCAUUAUUUCCGAAGCUUGACCAUGUUGAACCCUGAGGGUAUUGUGCCGGAGGGGCCCGUGCCGCAUAUUUUGCCGGUGGAUUGA